UACCCCAGUGUUUUUUUUUUUUUUUUUUUUUUUUUUUUGUGACUUUAUUUAAAAGGGAAACCGCAGUUCCCAUUUGGUAUAGGAUUAAUAGCAAAAGAUUAAAGGUAAAAGGCCAUCAAAAAUAUAUUCAGGCUGUUUAAAAUGCCACUAAGUGUGAUUCAUCAGCAAUGGGGUCUGCAAAGCAAAUGGAAGCAUGUGAGAAAUGAGCUGCCGGUGGCCUGCAGAAAGGAGCAGCAGCAGGGAUUGAACAGCGGAGCAGUUGGAGUGUUCCGUCACCGAGCUCCGCUGCUCUGCCACCGCUCAGCUCAGACCUCCUGCAAGCAGGAAACGGGGGCGUGGUUUCUGGGAAUGGCGUUGAGGUGCGCCUCACGGACCGAGCUGUGAUUGGCUGUCGCUCUUAGCAAGCGGCACGCGACUAGGGAUGUUGCUAUAAAGAAUCUUCGCGUGGCCGACCUACAAGAAAACUUUGAUCAGUGAAGCUCCGGGCCAGAUCCACAGGUUGGUGGAAAAGGAAAAGACGCCAUUGUUUCCGCAGCAGCAGGAGAUGAAAGCAGCGUGAACAAACAUGGACGCUGUUCUGGAUCCCUUUUCUGCGCUCGACUCUCUCUCCUCCCCUCCUUAUUUCGAUGAUGACGACUUCUUCACAGACCAGUCCUCCAGAGACGGCCACUUGGACACCGAGGACUUUCUGGAUGAAGAUGUAGACUUCCUCAGCUCUCACCUCCAGGACUAUUACAGCAAAGAAGGCUGCGGCAGAGCGGCUCCAUACGAUGGGGACUAUGACCUUGGCAGCCUGUCUUUUUCCUCCUCGUCCCCAACUUUUUCAUGCACCCCCGACCUCUCCCCGCAGACGGGCCGCCACGUCGGGCCGCUGCUGAAGCGCCGGAGGCGACUGCGCUCUGAGAUGGAGAUGCAGCAGCUGCGGCAGGCUGCGAACGUCAGGGAGCGCAGGAGGAUGCAGUCCAUCAACGACGCCUUUGAAGGGCUGCGAUCUCACAUCCCGACUCUGCCCUACGAGAAAAGACUCUCCAAGGUGGACACCCUGCGCUUGGCGAUCGGCUACAUCAACUUCCUGGCUGAGCUCGUGCAGUCUGACCUGCCAAUCAGAAACUCCAACAGCGAGACACACGCGCAGCCCAAGAAAGUCAUCAUCUGCCACAGAGGAACAAGGUCUCCUUCUCCCAGCGACCCGGACUACGGCCUACCUCCACUCGCCGGUCACUCGCUCUCCUGGUCCGAUGAAAAGCAACUCCGGGAGCAGAACAUUAUCCGCACCGCCAAGGUGUGGACUCCGGAAGACCCCCGGAAGCAGCACCAGACCGCCCUGACGGACAUUGAAAACGAACCUCCUUUCGGCCUUGUGGCCUGAACAGAAAGGGCGGAACCUCCUGAUGUUCCUUCAGGAAACCUGAAGCCAUUAUGUUAAUGUGAGCUAUAAGCACUGAAGGUGCGGCACAUUCUGAGCGCACUGUACCGCACAGUGACUGUCCUACAUACUUUUAUCAUGUUGAUAAUUGGAUUUUUUGUAAUUUUCCCAUCUGGCAAUCGUGUAUUUAUUGUUAUAUUUGUCUUAUAUAUAAUAAUAUAUAUUUUAAUUUAAAUGCAGUGAGAUGAUUUUUGUUUGUUUGUGUCUUUUUUGUGAGGGGAUGCACAUCGAGUCAUAUCUAGAAAUUAGCGCACUUAAUAAUAAAUAAUCUGAUUUAUUUCUUGUCAAAUAUCAAAAUGUUCAUCUUCUUCAUGUUGUUCGAUAAAAAUUGGGACAAUAUCAACCAGGAUAAUAUUUGUACUUGGAAUGCAAAUGACAACGUUCUGGAAAUUUUCCUGCAGACACCUUAGUAGCAACAAAAACUCCAGAAUCAAACGAUUUUUUUCCUUGAUCUCCAGUUUUUAAAGUUUCUUUCAUACCUAUUUUAUUUUUAGAGCUCUAUAAAACGUGUGAACGUUUUCCAAUAAACAAAAUGAAAUCAA